AUGAGUUUAUCAAAUUCAGUGCUGGAAGGAAAUUCCCAAAAUGUUUUUGAUCAGAAGGGAAUAAUUGUGGGCGGAAGUGAAAAUGGAAAUAGAACGGAUGAAGGAAUUGAUGAUUGCAAUGUCAUAGAGGUUCUGGAGAUUUCUGAUGAUAAAAACGUUGGCAUAAAUACUUCAAAUACAAAGCGUCAAAAACGAAUAUUGAGAUCUCGAGAGAUAGACAAGACAUUUCGGAUAAUGGCUUUUCGAAAGUCAGAGAGACAAGUGAUAGGUCGGUAUCGUAGACAAUCAGUAACACGAGUGUUUUGGACCAUGAUGUUCAUGAUAGCGUUCUUGUCGUUGAUGGGUGCCGGAGUUGGCGGAAACUUGGUUAACUCUUUAAAUCGUAGACCGUUUCAACACUUGGUCAAGAUGGCCCGAGUUUGUCAUGUUGAUCGCAACCAUUGGAAUUAUGAUACCAUUCUGCAGAUAACAGAGGUUACCAGAUGGUGUUUUUAUUGGAUAGCCAUCGCCACCGUAAUCCUUCUGAUAAUAAAUCAUGGAUCGUUGGUGAACGAAACUUCCGAUGGAUUCGCGUCAACCAAAGAAACCAAAAUAAUUCUCCUAAUACUUGUGAUUCUCGAAUCCUUAACUCUUACUAUUUGGGUAAUUGUUCGCUACGCAUAUCCUCGAAUAGUAAAAAACGCCUACUGGUUGGACACCAUUAGGUGGUGGAGAAUUAAGGAAGCAAGUACUGAAAACCUUGAAGGGGAUGCAGUAGGGUGUUUUCGUUACUUCGCUUGGGAGAGUUAUAGUUUUUGGUUUCGGCAUGGAUAUGUGACAUACGUGGGGGAAGUUGAUGGGGACGGUCGGCCGCAUGGUCGAGGCGAAUGGGUCGAUGAUUCCUUUGAUGGAGAAUGUCUUAAAGGCAUCUGGGAGCACGGUAUACCUAUCGGCCCAUUCCAAUCGAGGGGCUCAGGCACCGGAGACGCGUUUCAUGCCGUACGCGUAGGUUUCGUAAAAAACCGUUGUACGCCUUGGUACGAGAAAAGAUUUUACCCGAGGCCCUUUGAAAGCGGUUUAGAUGUUGGUGUGGCAGCCGUCGAAUGCUCUGUCUCUGGAAAGUAUUUAAAAUAUCUUCCACGCGCAAGCUUGAUCGUUCCACCGAAAUCUCGUUAUGGUCUUCAGAACAAUUUCAAUCAAAACACUUCAGAUACAUCACCAGAUAUUUUAUCAUGCAAUUCAUCUCCGAAUAAUUUACAAAUUGAACAUUGUCUUGAAAAUUUGACCACAUUCGUAGCUGCAAUGGGAUCAGAUUCUGGAGCAAAAGAACAAUCGUCAAUCAUUAUAAGGCUUGAGGAUGAGGUGGUUAAUAUUACAGGGUAUUAUCCGAUCGAUAAUUAUGCAUUGAAUGAUCAAGUAAUUGUGAAAAGGGUGCCGAGGAGAGAAGAGUCGAAUAUGGACUCGCAAAGGAACCACUAUACAUUAGAAGUUGAAGGAUGGAAACAGUCUGAUGAUUCUUCUGUUACUAAUAAGGAAUGCAUAAUUUUUAUACAUGGGUUCAACUGCUCAACAAAAUUUGCGAUGGAAACAUUAGGUCAGUUUUUGGUUCUUGCUGAUUUACCGAAUUACAUAAAACCAUUUGUAUUCUCGCCGCCUGGAAUAAAUGCAUUUUGGUAUUUUAGCGCACAAACUCGAAGUUGUUCUGAGGAAUCCAUUAACGAAUUUCGAACCUUUCUGCAACAACUUCAAGAUUUAGGAUUUCAUGCGGUACACAUAAUAGGCCAUUCACUGGGAUGCAUGGUUGUGCUCAACUAUGUUAAAGCAUUCGAAGGGAUAUUUACCGUACACGACAGUUCACGACAUAAUACCAAACUAGAAACUUCAUACGAAUUCGACCGAUCCGACCCCAUGAGUUCUCACGAAAACAUACAUCACAUUCCAGUUAACACUCCAACAAUGAAACUCUCAUCUGUAAUCUUACUCAACCCCGCUGCGCCUCUUGAUUUCUUCGUGGACCAUGGCUACUCGCAGCUCUACAAGUAUUGUGAUCACAUUACCAUCUAUACAAAUUCUCGAGAUUUUGCAUUGAAAAUGGGUGAAAUUCUGAGCAAAAAAAGAUCUUUAGGUAGACAAGUUGAUGAUAUUUAUAGCAAUGGAAAACUUAUAGAUAUCGAUCUGAUUGACACCACUCAAUUGGAUGUAAACAUUCAUAAGAUUAGACACAAUUUUUUUAAUUUGAACAGGUUACUGGUAGAUGAUUUGUGGGAUAUCAUAGUAAUGAGAAAAAGAGCAAGUGAGAGGAAGUCAAAAUUGAAUAGAAAGGAAAGACAUGGACGAGGGGGAAUAGUGUACACAUUCUUAGUGGCACCAAGUUAUGUUGUUAACAAGUGA